UCUUAUCUCCCACGAUCCACAGAAAGAACUUAAUCGAAAGCAACAGAAUAAUUCAUUUGGCAAACAAAACCAAGGCCUCCUCCCCUGCUGACCAGCAGCGCCGGAUCUGAUGGAAGCCGCAGCGGCUACUACCUCCUCCCUGGUUCUCUUCUCCACUACUCCCAGGAGAUCACCAAUUUCAAGCUUCGCUUCCCCCUCGUUGCUUCUUCGGCCUCCCUGCAACUACAGCUGCUCCGUCUCCAGUGCCAAGCAGCAGCAUCUGGUUUGCCUGGCUGGGCCGUGGCUGAACAGCAAGAAGAGCAGGGUCCUGAGGUGUUCUUCCAGCCUCGCUGACGGCGCAUCAACCGUUCGUUCUUCAGUAAGAUGGGUUCUUGAUCCUGCAGGCGACGGCGACUGGCGCCACAUCGGCUACAAAGUUGCACGCCCCGGCGCGUUCGAGAUAGCCUCCGAUGCGGUGACCGUUGGUCGGGUCGCUGACAAGGCUGACAUCGUCCUCCCCGUCGCCACAGUUUCAGGCACGCACGCUCGGCUGGAGAAGAAGGAUGGGAGGCUGUUCGUGACGGACCUGGACAGCACCAACGGCACCUACAUCAACGAGCGCCGCCUCAACCCUGGCUUCCCCAUCCCCAUUGACCCCGGCAGCCUCAUCAUCUUCGGUGACAUCCACUUGGCGAUGUUUCGUGUGAGGAAGAUGAUAGUUGAGGCGACCAGCGAGACGGACGCAGCACGAGAAGAAACCAAGACCGAGGUAGUUUCAGCUGCAACAAGCUAGGAAGCUCUGAUGCGUUCCGAGUGCCCUACGCUACUAGAAUGUCCGGAAUAAGGAUGCUCUAUAUGUGGCGUUUCCAAAAAGAGCGUCAGACACUUUUUUUUUUACGAGAUGUGAGUCAUAUUCAACCAGAAGGGAAGGCACAAGGACAAAGAUAACCGAUUGUAGUAAAAAUCUGCAUCCAUCUCUCUCUGAGUUAGCUUUUAAAGAAGAGACGAUGCACUAUCUCUUUCUCCUCACAUGCUCUCUCUUCCAUGUAAGUACAAUGAUGCGUUGAGUUCCUAUGAGCUAGCUAGCUAAUGUGUUAUUGUUUGAAGAGGCCCAAUCAAAUGCCUGUUAAAAUAGAGAUGUUGCAUCUACAA